AUGGCAUCCAAACCUCAACGCCUCCAUCAAAUUGCAGGGACCAACUUUCAGAGCUCGGCGAAGAGGGUAAGAACCAUGGCCACAUCCACAGCCAUUGAACCCGCUAUGAAGGACGCUUUUACCAGAUAUGCUGAAUAUCUCAAUGACCUUAAUGACAAACGGGAAAGAGUGGUCAAAGCAAGUCGAGAUGUAACAAUGAAUAGCAAAAAAGUUAUAUUUCAAGUGCACAGGAUGAGUAAAUCCAAUAAAGUGGAAGUACUUGAGAAAGCUGAAAAGGACUUAGCAGCUGUGACAGAUCAGUAUGUGUCACGACUAGUCAAAGAAUUGCAGGGAACUGAUUUUUGGAAGCUAAGGCGAGCAUACUCACCAGGGAUACAGGAGUAUGUUGAAGCAGCAACAUUCUGUUGUUUUUGCAAAAAUGGAACUCUUUUGAAGCUUGAUGAGAUAAACAAAACAUUGCUACCACUUAGUGAUCCAUCUCUUCAUCCUCUGCAGAUAAAUGUCCUUGACUAUCUAUUAGGGCUUGCAGAUUUGACAGGAGAACUGAUGCGAUUAGCAAUCGGUAGGAUAUCAGAUGGUGAACUUGAAUUUGCUGAGAAGAUAUGCAGAUUUGUGCGUGAUAUAUACAGGGAGCUUACUCUUGUAGUGCCACAUAUGGAUGACAGUUCUGAUAUGAAAACAAAGAUGGAUGUAAUGCUCCAAAGUGUCAUCAAAAUAGAGAAUGCUUGCUUUAGUGUUCAUGUGAGAGGGUCAGAGUAUAUUCCACUUCUUGGAUCCAACGAUCCAAGUUCUUUCUUGGUGGGAGUUCCAGAUAUUGAAUUAUGA